UAUAUGUGUGUGUAAGCGUGCCAGGGCUGGAAAGAUGGCGGCCUGUGCGUUACGCCGAGGUCUGCUGAGCACUGUCAGUAAAUACAACAAGCACACACACAGAAUACUGAGUGUGGUUGACAGUAGCGGCGGGUUCGAGGUGAACAGACCGCGGUUACAGUGUCGAGCCUGCGGGCUGCCCGGCGCUGUUCAGCCGAGGAGGUUCAUGUCGUCACGGAACAGGCCUGAAGGGAAGAUUUUGGAGACUGUGGGAGUGUUUGAGGCUGUGAAGCAGCACGGCAAAUAUGAAACAGGACAGCUGUUUCUCCACAGUGUGUUUGGCUACAGAGGCAUUGUCUUGUUUCCCUGGCAUGCCCGACUUUAUGACAGAGACAUCACCCCUCCCAUGUCUGACAGCAAACCUGAGCCCCCAGGAGCCCACGGCUCCAAGGAGGUGAAGGGGAAGACCCACACCUACUACCAAGUCCUGAUUGACACCAGGGACUGUCCUCACAUAUCUCAGAGGUCCCAGACAGAGGCAGUAACGUUUCUGGCCAACCAUGAUGACAGCAGAGCCCUGUACGCCAUCCCAGGUCUGGACUAUGUGAGCCAUGAAGACAUCCUGCCCUAUAACGCUACAGAGCAGGCCCCUAUCCAGCACGAACUGUUUGAGCGCUUCCUCAUGCACAACCCUGCCAAAUCUCCUCCGUUCACAGCCAGAGACACCCUGAAGGCCUGGCAGGAGAAGAACCACCCCUGGCUGGAGCUCUCAGAUGUCCACAGGGAGACCACAGAGAACAUCCGAGUCACCGUCAUCCCCUUCUACAUGGGCAUGAGGGAGGCCCAGAACUCCCAUGUGUAUUGGUGGCGGUACUGUAUCCGUCUGGAGAACAUGGGCAACGAGGUGGUUCAGCUGAGAGAGAGGCACUGGAGGAUCUUCAGCCUGUCAGGAACCCUGGAGACGGUCCGAGGACGAGGAGUCGUAGGAAGGGAGCCGGUGUUGUCCAAAGAACAGCCAGCCUUUCAGUACAGCAGCCAUGUGUCUCUACAAGCCCCCAGUGGUCACAUGUGGGGGACGUUCCGCAUUGAGAGGACUGACGGCACCCACUUCGAUGUUCGCAUUCCUCCUUUCUCCUUGGAGAGCAACAAAGACGACAAAGCGCCCCCUGCUGGCUACACAUUCUAACAGCAAGGAGUCACCCCCUACCUACGAGGACCCCGGACACACCGUCAGUCCUGGUCCCAUCUGGGUUGUCUAGAACUGUCCUCCCCCCUGUAACAUUGUCUCAGCCGUCAGCAUAAGACUAGUGAGUCAGGUUAUGCAAAGGUACAAUACAGCAUUGUCUAGAUCCAAAUGCAGGUCCACCUCGCCCCUUUCCUGUCAGAGUGCAUCCAACAGCAACACAUCAUUGAUUAAAUCAUAUAGGGUAUCGGCAGUGCAUCUUCACUGUGUGGUGUAUUUGAAGAGACAUGCACAGUCUAGUGGAAGAGUGUUGGGAGGGAGGGGAGUUAAUGUUGAGCCAGACAUGUUGUGCAUUCAAUAUCUGAAAUAUUGACCGGUUGUUUUUGUAGUGGGAGCAUUUCCUGUAGAGCUCUGGGUUCAUGAAAAGAGCAACAACUCCAGCUGAGCUUCAUAAAAAGGCCUCAGUCUCAUAUUUUAAGUCAAUAGUUAAGCCAUCACAUAAACUACAUGUUACAAAGUCCUCCUUCCUUAGUAAUGUUCUUGUUUGAAUUCAUGGAAACAUGACUUUUUAUCUUGAACCUUAUUUUCCUGUCAUGUUUUUUUUAAAUUCUCACAGUACCCUAUCACAGUUCAGUUACGUCACAUCUCUAUGGGCCACUAGUGAGUGGGAAGUCAAGAGUCAGAUUCAGAUUCUGAGCGCAAGUAUUUAUGUUUAACUGUUGUACAACACUAAAGCACAGUGGAUGGAGUUACGGUCUGUUUGACACUGAUCAACAGAAAAAAAGACUGUUAAAACUUUUAAGACUUUAAAGCUGCAGUAGAUAAUUUUUUUUCCUAUUUGCUGAAACUCAAUCUAUCCCGACAGUAGGACAUGAGACAGAUAAUCUCUGUCCUCUGGCUCCUCCUAGUGCUCCUAAUGGUAUUUACAAGAAUCCACUGGGCCUGAAUGAAAACAACCAAUCAGAGCUAAGAGUUUAUUGUGGAUUCUUACAAAUACCAUUGAGAACACUAGGAGGAACCAGAGGAGCCUGUUUUUUCACAGAGUAUCUUUCUCAUGUACUUCUGUCAGGACACAUUGUAAGUUUCAUCAAACAUUUCAGUUAUUUUUAGAAAAGUUACCUACUGCAGCUUUAAUGUCAAAAUGAAACGAAAUCUCUACAAAUGAUCCAAAGUAAGCAGCGUUGGUAGAAACUAUAGCUUUCUACAGUCUGAAGAAAGAUCUCUUGUCAGCUUUGCACAUCUGGACACAUCUGCCACUUUUCCCUAUUAAGUGUAAACCUGCUUAACCUCUCCCAUUUCCAAACAUUAGUGUUGUGUUAAAGCAUUCCUGGUCUUGCUAUAGAGAAGCGUAGCAUGAUGCUGCCACCACCUGGCUUCAUGCCACAUUCACAUUAUAUGGACUGUUGAUGUGGAGUCUUUGGUUUAGUAUACAGUCUGAGCCAAGGCAGCCUGUAGCUCCCUCAGAGUCCACAGGUCUCUUAGUGCUCUUCUCACAUGGACACAGAAUUACAGCUGUGUCAUAUUCUUAAAUGAGAUGACUUAAUUGCACUCUGAGUUCUAAUUAAUGUCUGAGUGGUCAUUUCUGAUGGACCUCUCGCAGAUGGAUGUGUGGAGGGUUCUUUUGUCUUAAUGAUACCACUCUUGCCAGGAAAGAAGAAACCCAGCAAUCGAACCUUCCAGAUACAGAUGUUUUUAACGCUGAAAUGAGUUGACUACACAUUGAUCUCUAUUCAAAUGAUAAUGUAACUUAUAAAAACAGUUAGCUGCUCCAGUUAUAAUGUAGGUGUGACAUUGUAAAGGCAAUGAAUACUUAAUACUUAAAUAAUAAAUGAUUAGAACUUUUAUAUUUUGUACUUCAUUUUUGAAGAGAUCUGGUUACAUUACAGGCCCAUUCUCUGGAUCAGUGUUUUUAAAACUCAUAAUUCCAUCCACAGUGAUUUAAUGUUGUGAAAGCUCAAACUAGAAAAGUCAAGGGGGGCUGAAUGCUUUUAACAAGCAGUGAACCUUUGCUUUAAAGAGGUGAAGGCCAGGCCGUAGUCGUCUUUAUAAUAAACGUAGCACACCAUUAAGUAAUUAAACCAAGCUGUUGGCAGCCAGUGUUGUGGCUAACGGGAGAGGAGUGUGUGUGUGUGUGUGUGAGUGUGUAUGAAAUGUCUACCUACUUAGCUGCAGUGUGCUCUCUGUAAAAACCAGAAUGAAGUCUUCAUCCUGUACACACAUGCUGGAUGUCUUUGGUUAAGACUGACUGUAUGACUUUAGAAGCUCUGUGACAGGAAAAGUUCUGAGCCUAAACCUUCUCUGGUAAAGUGAGGAAAGAAACUAACAUCUUUGUUUUGAUAAGUGAUUUGAAGCAACUACGAUGGUUGGAAUACUACUGUAAAUAGAGAUGUAAUUAAAGGCAAAACAAAUAAAUAUACCUUUUGAAAAGUA